AUGGCAACUUCACACGAAAAUACACUCACAACAAACGAUUUUCAAAUAGUAUGGCUUGAUAAUCACAUAGAAGAUAUCAAACAAUCUGAUUAUGUUCGUCGCAAAGUUGAUCUUGAACACUUCAUCAAACAUUUGAAAACAUAUAAGGAACUUGCAGAAUGUCAACAAUACAUUGCUUCUCUCGAUAAUGCUGAUAAAGUUUUUCUCAUUGUCUCUGGUUCAAUUGGUGAAAAAAUGUUACCAUCUAUUCACGAGCUAACACAAAUUGUAUGUAUAUACAUCUUCUGUGUCGACACACACAAACAUCAGGAAUGGGGUAAGAAAUAUAGUAAAAUUCGUGGUAUUUUCAGUGCAAGUAAAAUAAUGCUAGAUCGUUUACAGCGUGAUAUUCAACUUUUACUUCACCAUUUUACUCCCGUAAAUAUUUUUACUAUGCAGAAUGUGAAAGAGGCAACUUUGCAAAAUAUUAAUAAAGAACACGCUACAUAUAUGUGGUUUCAACUGCUUGUUGAGACAUUAUUAAGAUUACCGCAGACUUCUCAAGCUAAUCGGGAUCUUAUUGAUGAAUGCAUGGAACGAUAUCGUAAUAAUGCUAUAGAAAAAAGAAAAAUUGAACAGUUUAAGAUCGAGUAUACGCAUGAAAAUGUCAUCGAAUGGUACACACGCGAUUGCUUUCUCUAUCGAUUAGUUAACCGAGCUUUUCGCACUCGAGAUAUAGAUAUUAUUUUCAAAUUUCGUUAUUUUAUCGUAGACCUUCAUCAGCGUUUAGUCGAAAUUCAUCAACAACAGUAUUCGACGAAAUCAUCAGUAGAAUUAACUGUUUUUCGUGGUCAACUAAUGUCUUCAGAGGAACUAACCAAAUUAAAAGCAAACGUAGGUGGUAUUUUUUCUGUCAAUACAUUUCUUUCUACAACUAAUCGGAGUAAUGUGGCAGUGAACUUUAUCACAGAUGUUUUUGAUCGACCUUUUUUCGAAAAAGUUCUGUACGAAAUUAGUAUUAGUGGUCACGGCCCGUGGAAAUGGCCUUUCGCUGAUAUACAUGAUGUUAGUUGUAAUGCUGAUGAAGGUGAAGUACUUUUUGAUGUGGGUAGCACCUUUCGUAUAGAUGAUGUGUACGAAUACACCAAAGAUUUAUGGUGUGUUAGUCUAACAUUACUUGACAUAAAUGACCCCUCAGUAGAAAUCGACACAAAAUUAUAUGAUUAUUUAAUAGAGAAUAGUUUUGGCGAAAAGGAGCCAACAGUUCUUAUACUAUGCAACUUCCUCGAGCAAAUGGGUGAGUUUGAACGAUCGCGACAGUUUUGUCACUUAAUGUUGCGUGAUACACCUGAAGGCCAGCCGUUAAUUGAUGUCUACUCUCAUUUGGCGUUGAUUGAAUAUGAUUUAGGCAAUUUUCAUAAGGCUAAAAGUAUUUGUGAAGAAGCUUUAGCUAUGCAAGUAGAUUUGGACAAAGGUAAUGGUGGAGCAAAAUCAUCAUCAGCACUCAGUCAUCUUCACUCUCAUAUUGGUCUGGUUCUCAGCGAACUUGGAGAUUAUAAAGGAGCGGUACACCAUUAUGAACAAGCUAUAUUGAUUGAUGCAACUUUAUUGAAUGAAGACGACGAAGAUCUCGCUGUUGGAUUUAAUAAUUUAGGCGCAGCGUAUACCGAUCUCGGUGAUUUCAAGAAAGCCCUAUAUUGGCUAGAGGAAAGAGCUCUUAAAUUGCAACUACUGAAACUCCCUCACAAUCAUCCAAAGUUAGCUAUCACCUAUUCAAAUAUUGGUGAAGCAUACUCAGAACUUGGUAACUAUGCGAAAGCUCGUGAGAACUAUGACCGUGUCUUAGCAAUUGAAAGAAGUGCGUUACCUCCACUACAUCCUUCCACAAAAGCAACUUUCAAUAACUUGGCUGUUGUAUGCGAAAAAAUUGGCGAUUAUGAUGCUGCACUUGCCUAUCAUCGCCAGGCGUUAGAAGUUCUUCUACAUUCGUAUGCACUUGAUCAUAUUUCCUUCGCAACCUCAUACAAUAAUAUGGCAGUCGUUUUCGAUUGCCGAGGCGAUUUUGAUGAAGCACUACGUCACUAUGGUAAAGCACUUGAACAUUUACUGAUCAGCAUUGGUACAGAAAAUCAUCCGGAUAUUGCCUCAACGAACAACAACAUUGGUAUGAUUCAUUUACAAAAGAAAGAAUAUGAAAAAGCCUUGAAAUAUUUUGAGAAGACUCAGAAGAUUGAAGAGAGUCUAUUGGAACGAAAUCAUUGUUCGCUAGCCACUACUUACAACAAUUUGGGAAUGGUAUUUACAGCUAAAGAGAGAUUAAAAGAGGCGAUUAAAUACCAUCGACGCGCAUUAACAAUACGAAAACGUGUUUUAUCGAAGACUCAUCCGGAAUUAGGCACAUCCUAUGACAACUUGGGUGUUGUAUAUUACAAAAAAGGCUACUAUAAAACAGCUAUUGAUUUUCAUCAGCGUGCUCUAUCUAUUCAAAUUGAAUCAUUGCCACAUAAUCAUUCUUCAACAGCCACAACGAAAGAACAUUUAGGUGAUGUUUAUUUUCGUUUAGGUAAUUAUCGAGCGGCUCUUAAACAUUACAAAGAUGCAUUAUAUAUGGCACAAAGCUGUUUACCAGUUUCACACCCGUCGAUUAAGCAAUACACCACUAAAAUGAAUCAAGUACGAACAAAGUUAACGAAAAACUAA